AUGAUCCCCAAGAAUUACCAGCAUCUCCUGGCCUUGGCGUUUGCAGUACAAGAGAUCAAUGACAGCCCUCACAUACUGCCCAACUGCACUUUUGGCUUCCGCAUCUAUGACAGCUACCACAAUGCAAGGACAACCUGUCAGGCCACCCUGCGACUUCUAUCAGUUCAGGAGAGAUUGGUCCCCAACUACAAAUGUGGUAUCCGCAGAAAUCUAAUAGCAGUCAUUGGAGCACUGGACUCCGAAGUCUCUCUCAAUAUGGCAAAUAUCUUGGAUAGCUACAAGAUUCCACAGCUACAUCGGUUUCUCCAAGGUGUCUCCUUUAAUAAUAGUGCUCAGGACAAGGUUUCCUUCAAUGAGAAAGGGGAAGUUGUAGCUGGAUUUGACAUUAUCAGUUGGGAGGUUUUUUCCAAUGAAUCAUUUCUCCGUGUGAAAGUUGGAAGGAUCGAUCUCCAGGCUUCUAGAGGUCCAACACUUGCCAUUGAUGAGGAGGCCAUCACAUGGCACCACUGGUUUAAUCAGACACAACCACUUUCUGUAUGUACUGACAGUUGCCAUCCAGGCUCUAGCAAAAAAGUGAAGGAGGGGGAGCCGUAUUGCUGCUAUGAUUGCAUCCCAUGCCCGGCCGGGAAGAUCUCAACCAACAACCAGAAGCUCACCUACACUCUGCUCAGCUCCCUCAUGCUCUGCUUCCUUUGCACUUUGCUCUUCAUUGGUGAGCCUCAGGAGCCCACUUGCCUCCUCCAGCAAACUGCCUUUGCCAUCAUCUUCUCAGUGGCUGUGUCCUCAGUACUGGCAAAAACCCUCUUGGUUGUUCUGGCUUUCAUGGCCACUCAGCCAGGAUCGAGGAUAAGGAAGUGGUUGGGAAAGGAGAAGGCUGGUGUCAUUGUUCUUUCCUGCUCCCUCAUCCAAGUGGGCAUCUGUAGUGUGUGGCUGGGAACAUCACCCCCUUUCCCAGAUGUUGACCUCCUCUCCAUGGCCGAAGAAAUCAUACUGGACUGCAACGAGGGCUCAGUGAUCAUGUUUUACUGUGCCUUGGGCUACAUGGGCCUUCUUGCAACCAUCAGUUUCACGGUGGCCUUCCUGUCCAGGAGGCUUCCUGGUAGCUUCAAUGAAGCCAAGUUCAUCACUUUCAGCAUGCUGGUCUUUUGCAGUGUUUGGCUCUCUUUUGUUCCUUCUUACCUCAGCACCAAGGGGAAAUCCAUGGUGGCUGUGGAGAUCUUCUCCAUCUUAGCUUCAAGUGCAGGAUUACUUUCUUGCAUCUUCUUCCCCAAAUGCUACAUUAUUGUGCUGAGACCUGAGCUGAACAGCAGGGAACAGCUUAUUAAAAGAAAAUACUGA